AUGAAGAUUACAAGACUUCUUCAACUUUCUGUAUCUCAACAACCUGAUUACGAUGCCUAGGUGAUGUAUACCAACGACUGUGCCAGAGAAUGUUUUUGCCCCCCAUCCAAUCCCUUUGUCAUGUACUGCGAAAGAUGUCUUCAGUAGCACAAUAAUCUGGAAGAAGACCCAUUUCCUUUGUUGGAAACUCUACAAAGAAUUUAUUUGGACUCCAAAAAAAUUUCAAAGAUAUCUGCUGAUGCUACACGUCUCAGAAAACGUACAGUGAUGGAUUUGUAUAGCAACAGACUAACAGAUGCAGGCAUUAAAGGAAAGAUCCUAUCUGGCACGAGGAGCCUCACGGAAAUCAACAUGUGCAGUAAUGAGUUCCAGUCCAUGUCAGCAGACCUUCCGGAAUUGAUCCAGCAGAUAAUGCUGGAAAACAGCUCAAUCUUCUCCAUACUUGAGGGCUACUUUAAGAAGACUCCAAAUCUCUAGUCCUUUCGAAUGUCACACAGUAAACUCGAAUCAGUUCUAUACAAUCUCUUUAACCUGUCAAGACUGAUGGAGCUCCAUUUAGGCCAUAACUAACUCUCUAAAUCAUUUUUUGUUCCCAGGAACCUGGAACAUCUGUAACUCAAUCAAAAACAACUUUAA